AUGGUUAUGCAAAACUCUCUACAAAUAACAACAAAUGCUUCUGCUGCUUAUGAUGAUGAUGGACGUCCCAAAAGAACAGGAAAUCUGAAAAGUGCUGUGGCUCAUAUCAUCACUGCUGUUAUUGGCUCUGGUGUUUUGUCUUUGGCUUGGAGUAUUUCUCAAUUAGGAUGGAUUGGAGGACCAAUUGCCUUGCUAUCUUGUGCAACAGCUACCUAUAUUUCUUCAAACAUUUUGUCUGAUUGUUACAGAAGUCCUGACCCUGUAACCGGAAAAAGAAACUACUCUUACAUCGAUGCUGUUAGAGUCAAUCUUGGUACGAAAAGGACAUACGUGGCUGGUUUCCUUCAACUCUUGAGCUUGUAUGUGACUAGUGUUGCCUAUGUAAUUACCACAGCAACCAGUUUGAGGGCUAUUAUGAGAUCAAAUUGUUAUCACAAGGAAGGACACGACGCUCCUUGUAGUUAUGGUGGUAAUUUAUAUAUGGUGCUGUUUGGACUUGUUCAGAUUGUAAUGUCAUUCAUACCGGAUCUCCAUAACAUGACUUGGCUUUCAGUUAUUGCCGCAAUAAUGUCAUUUUCAUACUCCUUUAUUGGACUAGGACUUGGCAUAUCAACAGUCAUAAAAAACGGAAGAAUUAUGGGAAGUUUAACAGGAGUACAAACGGUUAAUGUUGCCGGAAAAAUCUGGUUAAUCUUCCAAGCAAUUGGUGACAUUAGCUUUUCCUAUCCAUACCCAAUGCUCCUUCUUGAGAUACAGGACACUCUAGAGUCUCCUCCAUCAGAGAAUAAAACCAUGAAAAAGGCUUCCGUGAUUUCAAUCGCCAUUACAACAUUCUUCUACUUAUGUUGUGGAUGCUUUGGAUAUGCGGCUUUUGGAGAUGCUGCACCAGGAAAUUUAUUGACAGGGUUUGGAUUUUAUGAGCCUUUCUGGCUUAUUGACAUUGCCAAUGUUUGUAUUAUCAUUCACUUGGUUGGAGGAUAUCAGAUAUUCAGUCAACCAAUAUACAGUGCUGCUGAUAGAUGGUGUUCAAAGAAGUACCCUAACAGUGACUUUGUUAAUGAUUUCCAGAAAGUGAAACUUCCUCUAUUACCGGCUUUUGAGAUAAAUCUUUUCAGAUUUUGUUUUAGAACAACCUAUGUGAUUUCAACCACUGGACUUGCAAUAUUAUUCCCUUACUUCAACCAAAUUCUGGGAGUAUUAGGAGGCAUAAAUUUCUGGCCAUUGGCUAUAUAUUUCCCAGUUGAGAUGUACUUCGUACAGAUGAAAAUUGGAGCUUGGACUAAAAAAUGGAUUCUUCUAAGAAUAUUUAGUUUUGCUUGCUUUCUUGUCACAAUGAUGGGAUUUAUUGGAUCAUUUGAAGGAAUCAUACGUGAGAAACUCAAGUAA